GAAUCAGUUUCAGCUUAGAGCUGGAGAAGCAAGAACGUUUUGAGCGGGCGCCAAAACCGGAAUCGGACCGUCUAACAAGUGCUGAGGUGCUAAUUCGGAAGUUCGGUCGUUGGUGAUGCGGAAUUUGUCGCUGAUUUUAGGAUUGUUAACUGAUUUAUAUUGGGAGUGAAUCCGUGGUUGAGAAUAGGUCGCAUAUUAUAGCUUCGACAGCUUUUCGCUGUUGAAGAUCUACGUGUUGUGAAUCCGUUCGACCGAGAUCAGAGACAUUGCGUAAAACAUAAACGGCACUGCGCAUCUGUGACAAGUUUGAUGGCUUUUGCGGAAGGAGAACUAGUUGAAGCAUAAGUCGUACCAAUUCGCGAAAGGACGUCGAUCGAAACGGUUUGCUGUGGUGUAAAGAGCAGUCAACAUGACUGCAGAGAACGUGAAUAGUGUGAAAAAGGAAGAUGAACCCAAAUCCGACGAUGACUCCCAGCUGGGAUACAGCCAGCGAACACUUCUCUUCCUCAAGGUGUACUGGAAAUCACUGUUCGUCCUGCUGGUGCCAACGGUAGCAGCCUUGCUGUUUGCCGUCGACUCAUCGCCUGCCUUCCGAUGUCUCUACGUAGUAAUUGUGAUGUCACUGCUUUGGGUGACGGAAGCGCUCCCAUUGCCCGUAACAUCCAUGCUGCCCAUCGUACUAUUUCCACUGAUGGGAAUUCUCAGCACCGGCAAAACGUGUACGGUUUACAUGAAGGAACCGAUCAUAAUGUUCAUCGGUGGAAUUGUUCUCGCACUAGCCAUCGAAUACUGCAAUUUGCAUAAAAGGGUAGCUUUAAAAGUGAUAGCGUUGAUUGGGUGCAGCCAGCGGAGAUUGCAUUUCGGACUGAUCGUCGUAACUAUGUUUCUAUCUAUGUGGAUUUCUAAUACGGCGGCCGUUGCCAUGAUGUGCCCUAUCGUACAAGCUGUGCUACAAGAGCUGGAAUCUCAAGGGCUUUGUCAAAUGUAUGAGAGUAAUGACUGUAUUGAAGAAGCCGAUGGUGCCGCUAAUAAGGAAAAAUCCAAAGAUGAACGUAAAAAACCAUCGCAAACUACACUAUGUUACUUCUUAGGAACGGCAUACGCUUCAAGCAUUGGAGGAUGUGGCACAAUCGUUGGCUCCGGUACCAAUCUGACCUUCAAGGGUCUUUACGAGAAUCGCUUCCCGCACGCUCCGGGAAUUGACUUCCCAGACUUUAUGUUCUUCAAUGUGCCCUUGAUGCUGUUGAAUGUCGUUCUCGUGUGGAUCUAUCUCCAGUGGCACUUUAUGGGACUAUUCCGACCAAACAGCGAACAGGCCAAGCAUUCCGAGAUAGGCCGAGAGGGGGAAGCCGUAGCCAAACGGGUAAUCGAAACGCGCUACAAAGAGAUGGGCCCGAUGACAUCACAUGAGAUCAGCGUUGCCUUUUUGUUUAUCCUUUCGAUAGUGUUGUUCUUUACCCGAAGUCCUGGUUUCGUCCGAGGAUGGUCGGAUAUAUUCCCGGGGGUCAAAAUUAAGGAUGGUACCCCAGCGAUGCUGAUUGUCAUUGCAUUAUUCAUAGUGCCAGCCGAUUGGCGAUGGUUAAACUACUUCAGAAAGAAUUCAGGACCCCUCCCCAAAGAACCAUCGCAAGCACUCAUAACAUGGAAAUAUGUCAACCAGAAGGUGCACUGGAGCCUUAUAUUCCUACUCGGAGGAGGAUUUGCACUCGCCGAAGCCGGACAGGUAUCCGGUAUGUCAGCUCUCUUGGGAAAAUCUUUAUCCGGACUCCAAAGUCUGCCACCAUUAGCUUUGCUUUUUGUUGUUUGUCUAGCAGCCCAAGUGCUAACUGAAUUCACAUCAAACGUUGCUAUUUGUAACAUUUUGCUUCCUGUUUUGGCUGAAAUGGCUCUCGUCAUCAAGACUCACCCCCUGUACCUCAUGCUCCCGGCUGCGAUGUCCUGCAGUUUCGCCUUCCACAUGCCCGUGGGAACACCUCCCAAUGCAAUCGUAGCUGGAGUUGGCCGUAUUGCCAUCAAAGACAUGGCAUUGGCUGGAAUCGGACCGACAAUAAUCACUUUGGUCGUAAUGUGGCUCGGUUUCCCCACGUGGGGCUCCAUCGUUUACCCUGAGAUCAACACCUUCCCGGAUUGGGCUGUGCUGGAUGCAGUCAACUCAACUAUACAUCACUGAUGGGUGUGGGCAGUUAGUCAAGUUAUGUUACUGAAGAUUAUUGUUAAUAAAUUAUUUCGAAAUAUUGA